GACAAUGGGUGUUCGAGAAAUCCAAGUAGCAGACACGACCUUAGUAAUCCACGAACUCGAAGAUGUAUGCGACUCGGUCACUGGCCGAGUUCUCACCGGGUCAUGGCUCUGGAACUCGUCCCUGGUUUUAUCCGAGUGGAUAGCCACUCAGGGCCGACUCACCUUUGACUUCCAAGACAAAACCGUCCUCGAGCUCGGCGCCGGAGCUGGACUUCCUGGCUUGACCGCGGCUCUGCUGGGUGCGAGCCGAGUCGUGCUCACGGACAUUGAGACUCUCCUUCCUGGGCUCAUAAAUAACGUUGAAGUAAAUGGACUCGGAGACCGAGUCGAAGUGAGGCAACUCGUUUGGGGAUCGGACGAGUCUUCCAGCGAGUUUGAUGGGUUCGACUUCGACCUGGUUUUGAUGUCCGACGUGUUCUUUGACAUGGAGGAAAUGGCAGCGCUGGCGAAAACGCUGAAGAAGGUGCGUAGGAAAGAGACAGUUGUUUGGGCAGCGAGUGAGGUUCGGCCAUGGACAGGUGAGUGUCUUAACGUGUUGGUGAGUGAGGGGUUUGGAGUGGUUGAGUUGCCGAGUCAACUCGGUGGUUCUUCUGGUUCUGGUAACGGUAAUUCUUUCAUGGAAGAAGACAGUUUGGAUAUGUUCGCCGUUUUCCUUCUACUGCCACCGAACGAAGAUAGCCACGUGGCUGCCAUUUGUAAUUGAGUGGGCAUUGAAGAGGGAAGACCACUAAUCUCAA